AUGAGUGACAAGAAAACAUCCGUAGAGGCAGUGAUUACUGAGGUUGAUAGCAGUCCAGCCUAUGAGGCAGGCAGCAUCAAAUCUGAGAACAAAAGAAACUUCGUUCAGAAUUGGUUUGAUGGUUUCAAGCCAUAUGAAAUGGAGGAACUGGAUCCAAAUCUUUCGGAGGUGGAGAAGGCUGCCAUUGCUACUGCUAACGCGCCAUUGCAAAGAAAACUUAAGAACCGUCAUUUGCAGAUGAUUGCCAUUGGUGGAUCUAUUGGUACUGGUUUAUUUGUGGGUUCCGGUAAAGCUCUUGCAGCAGCUGGACCUGCUGCCCUACUGAUUGCUUGGGGUUUGACUGGUAUCAUGAUUUACUUUACCGUUCAAGCUUUGGGAGAAUUAUCUGUUACCAUGCCUGUUUCUGGAUCCUUUGCCGUCUAUUCUACCCGUUUCAUUGACCCUUCAUGGGGUUGUGCCAUGGGUUUCAACUACGCUAUGCAGUGGCUGAUCGUUUUACCCUUAGAAUUAGUUGCCGCUUCUAUUACAUUGAGUUAUUGGGAAGGUUCUAAAAGUGUUAACGCUGAUGUUUGGGUUCUUAUAUUUUAUCUGCUGAUCGUCGUUAUCAACCUGUUUGGUGUGAAAGGUUAUGGUGAAGCUGAAUUCGUCUUCUCCUUGAUCAAAGUCAUCACAGUCAUUGCAUUUAUCUUCAUGGGUAUCAUUCUGAACUGUGGUGGAGGUCCAAAAGGUGAAUACAUCGGAGGACGAUACUGGAAAAACCCAGGAGCUUUCAAUACCGAGUAUAAUCCAUUUAAAGCCGUUUGUUCCGUCUUUGUCACAUCUGCUUUCUCGUUUGCAGGUACUGAAUUGGUCGGUCUUGCAGCCGCUGAAGCUACCAACCCAAGGAAGUCCCUUCCAACUGCCAUCAAGCAAGUGUUCUGGAGAAUUAUGUUGUUUUACAUCAUUUCUUUAACUCUGAUUGGUUUAUUAGUUCCUUUCAACGAUCCAAGAUUGAUCGGUUCAAGUUCAGUAGAUGCAUCUGCAUCCCCAUUCGUCAUUGCCAUUGUCAGUAACGGUAUCCAUGGUUUGGACUCUGUUAUGAACGUUGUUAUCAUGAUCGCAGUUCUGUCCGUUGGUAAUUCUGCAGUCUACGGUUCAUCCCGUAUCUUGCAAUCUCUUGCUGCACAAGGCCAGGCUCCAAAGAUUCUUGGCUACAUCGACAGAGAGGGAAGACCACUUGCCGCUAUUGGCCUUACUUUGUUAUUUGGAUGUUUGGCAUUUGUUGCUGCUUCUCCCAAGCAAGGUGAGAUGUUCGACUGGCUGUUAGCUCUCUCCGGUUUAUCUUCUAUUUUCACAUGGGGAUCUAUCUGUCUUAGUCACAUCAGAUUCCGUGCCUGUUUAAAGUCCCUUGGGCGUGGUACCAACGAGUUGGUUUUCACAGCUCAAGGUGGUAUCAUCGGUUCAUGGAUUGGUUUAAUUAUCAACUGUCUGGUUCUGAUUGUUUCCUUUUGGGUUGCUGCCUUCCCUCUAGGUGAUAAGUCCUCUGCCGAAGGAUUCUUCAAAGCUUAUUUGACUGUCCCUGUUGUUAUUAUCGUAUACGUGAUCCAUAAGAUCGUGAAGAAGAACUGGUGCUUAUACGUCAAGCUCAAUGAAAUGGACGUCGACAGUGGACGAAGAGACUUCGACUUGGAGUUAUUAAAGCAGGAAAUUGUCGAAGAGAAGGAGACUCUGGCCCGAAAGCCAUUCUGGUACCGAACCUACAAAUUCUGGUGUUGA